AUGGCUGAUCGUUUGACUGAGUUGCAAGACAUUAUAAAUCUACAAGCAGAAAAUCUCUAUAACGCCAUAGGAGUCAUUCAACAGCUUGCUCAGCCCAGUUUCUUCUCUGAUCUUAAUCAUAAGGGUCGUCGAGAAAAGGAGUGGGCUUCCAAUCCGGAAUUGCAGUCACUGUUACAAGGCCAAACUGGUGAAGAUUAUGCUCUCAAGUACGCCAUUAGCAUAGCAGAUUGUGCAAAGAAAAUUGAAAUUUUGAUUAAUUCUUUGCCUGCUGAAGAAACCGCUCCCGACGUCCAAGACGAAGCCACCAAGGAUCUCUUUUCUGAUUAUCGAAAACAGAGCGCCAAACUCUAUAAUUUAAUUACUAAGAGCUUCCAAACUCGUCUCUCAAAAGUUAGAUUUCUAAUUGGCAGAAUAUCGGAAACCCAACUGUUAACCAGAGCUUUAGAAAACGAGGUUUGUGUCAUCUCUUUUCGUGUUUUGUCUACACUUUGUCCUUUUUAUUGCAAAUUUUCUGAUAGGUAUACAACGACUUCUAUAAUGGACCUAAUGCAACCGGAAAUACCCGAGAAAACUGAAUCUGAUAUCUACUUUUCGUGGCUUAAUUUUCUCUCUCUUUGUUUGGGCAGCAUUUUCUUUGCUCGUCUUUUUGGUAUUCUUCUCCCUCUUGCGCUCCCUAAAGUUGUUCAAUACGUCCUUCCCUCCUGUCGCGCUAGUCGCGCAGCUUCCAAACGGCGUGAUUCAGAACUUCUUGAAUUGCGGUCCAAAAUGAGCAAACUCAAUAUGGUGGAUAAUUUUGCCGCAUAUUCAAAACUUCAAAGAAAAGUCAAUUCCCUCGUAAGAGACCAGAAUGAGACUGAUCGUAGUCAGCUUGGAAUUACGCUUGUAAGCAGUCUCGUGGCUCAAGUAAUUCGCUACAUUCUCCACGGUAUCCUCUUAGCCUGGCUCUUCUCCCGAACUCCAACUGAUCGCCUUACCAAUGACCAAUUAGCUGUCCUCAAAGAAACCUAUGCCUUUGUCGGUUGGUUAGUGACCUGUAUCCACUACAUUCCUGGUUGGCUCAUCACUAUGCUCUGGAUCUCCUUAUGUGAAGUCACCUCUACUCGUUUUCUCUCCAUGUUUCAACAGUGGUUUGAAACUGAUAGAGGCAAUGAGAACUUCCUCCAAACUGCUGCUAAUUUUGCUGCUGCGUCGAGUACUUUUUGA